CCUAACAAAAAUAACUGAGGGGUAAACUUUAUCCAGAAAAUAUAAUAGAGUUUGAUCCCACCUAUUAGGGGAAGGGGGCUCUGCAGGCCACUAAAAGUAUGUUAAGAGCCACAAGUGGCCACGUGGCCUAUAUUUUAUUCUUUGGGUGAUCUUCAUGUUCUCAAUUACUGCUAUUAUUAAACUAUUGUUCUGACUACCCAUGUAUCUCACCUGCCCCCUUUUUAUUUUCUCAAAGUAUUACAAAACAUUAUUUUGGAGUUACCAUGUGAAAUAUAUAAGACAAGUCAAUGGAGAUAAAUACUGUUUGCUGAGAGCUGUGUUAUUCCAGAUAUUCAGCCAAGGUCUUCCUCUCCCAUCGUGGACUAAGGCAACAGAUAUACUAAAGCUCCCUGAAAAACUUCUUUAUUCACAAGGAUGUAAUUGGAUCCAACAGUACAGCUUCGGAUCACAACGGUAUACAGGUUCAAAUAUACUAGGAAAAUUACGUAAAUGUAUUGAAGCAUUAAAAGGACAGUGGAUGGAAAUCAGUGGUAUUAAAGAUCAAGAUCAAAGGCAGAAUUUUUGCAAUGCUCUUUUUACUGGUGGAAGCAUGGAGCAUAAGUUCUACGAGGCCAUAAAAUUCCUCAUGCUCUAUCAAGUAAUAGAAGCUUACGAACGCUUGGCCAGUAACCAGGAACGCAUUCCAAACUUUUUCAGUGAUCUUUUUAGACGGGAUACUUCUUUGGAUCCUUUAAGUUAUAUGAUGAAUCAUCUGAACUCAAUAGGAGACAGAAGAGGUCUUGAUCAGAUUGAUCUAUUUCUUCUUGAGCAUUCUCUUGAAGUAAAAAUAAUCGUUUAUAGGUUGUGUAAGAUUAAUACCAAAGAUUUCCUAGAAACAUACACAGAUGAAUAUCAAAGGGAUUGGUCUGAGAUCCUCCUUCUAACUGAAGAUGACCGUCAUUAUCACAUUCCUGUUGUUAAGAUAUGACUACUUGUCAUAUAUUUCCACAUCAAGUCCUUCUGCAUAAAUUUGUUCAAAUGAAUGGUAUCCUGUAUUUAAGAAAUAUCUUUGCUAAAUAAAAAUAUGUAUGAAACAUUUGUUGGCCAGGUUAUCUUUCAGUUAAAUCUACUCCCAAAUUUUUUAUUUGUGAGGAAUAAAAUGAUGAAAUCAUGUACCGUGUUUCCCUGAAAAUAAGACAGGG